CAUUUGAGCAUUUCUACCGUCAACGUUUACCAGAUUAUAACACGCGCUUCGUUCUGUUUUCGUUUUUUAGCUUCACUCUAUCUGAAAAACAUUAGUUUAAAAGUAAGAAGAAAAAAUGCCCCUUCCGAAAGCUGAAAAUGAUGAUGAUUCGCACUCGGAGAUCAAGGAAGUCCCGAAAAGUUCAUCUGUGACCUACUUCGCCGAGGGAGACAAAUUGUAUAGGAAGAAUGAGUUCCGAAAAGCCAUCGAGUCAUACACAGCGGCACUGGACCAGGCGGAGAAAGAGGAGGUGGACUUGAAGGCCAGUUACAUUGCCAGGGCACUCUGUCAUCUGCAUUUGGGCGACAGUGACUCCGCCCUCGCAGACGCCGAGGAAGCUCUGGAACUAGAACAAACUUACACCAAGGGCCUGUGGGUGAAGGCGGAGGCGCUUUACGCCAUGGGGGACUUCGAGUACGCUCUGCUGUUCUAUCACAGGGGCUUCCAGGCCAGGUCGGAUUUCGCCGAGUUCCGAAUUGGAAUCCAGAAGUCACAGGAGGCCAUCGAAAACGCUAUCGGGAAGGACGACAAUCAAGACUUGAGUUCGGAGGGAGACCUGGGAAUGUAUUUCAAUAGAGACCUGACCCAAAACUACAUCACUUUCUCGGAGAAGCGAGCGAAGGAGAAAAAAGGAGGUGCUGGGGCUAAGAAGGAGCAGGACAAGAGGAAGGAUGAUCAGGGGAGGAGGGGCAGCAGCAAGGGGGGUCAGCGGGACCAGAAGACGAGCAAGAAGAACUCCAAGAAGUUGCUGGGACAACUCUACUCCGACAAAGAGUUCCUCCAGAAACUGCUCGAGGAUGAGACUAUCACCAACCCGGAAACAGACAGCGGCAAGAAGAUCCAGGAGGUUACUUCGAGCACCCUGGAGUACCUGGACAAGCGGGAAGAGUUCUGGCGCCAACAGAACCCUUCGCGACUGCACUCAAAGAAGCAGGAGAGGACUAGCAGUGGGAGGGUGGUGACCUCUGCGAACUUGAAGAAGAAUGACCCUCAGAGAUACAUCCACAGACAGCUGGACCGCAUCGAGGAAGACCUUGAGAAGAAGAAGUUCAAGCAAGCGGAAAAAAGAAGUAAGGAGACAAUUGACGAGGCGAAGAGUUACGACGAAAACGAUCUGGCCAACAAGCAGGAGAUACUGGCCACUUUGUACAGCCUCCAGGGCAUUGCUCAGCUGGAACAGGGCAAGCUGGCCGCAGCAGAGACCAGCUUCAAGAAGGACUUCGAAAUAUCGGACGAGAUGGGUCAUUUUGAUGGCAGCUCCCGUGCAUUGGACAAUCUAGGCCGAGUCAGUGUCAAGUUGGAGAAAUUCGACAAAGCCAUUCAGUACUGGGAAAGCAAACUGCAGCUGCUGCAUCAGAACAGGACCACCCAACAGACCCCCAAGAGUCAGACACGCGAGGGGGGAGGCGAUGGAGCGGCCGGGGGAGGGGAGGGGGGAGAAAAGAGGGGUGAGAGCAGGGCGAAGACGGCCACGGAGAUGGCACUAGAGAGAACAUGGCUAUACCACGAGAUAGGUCGCUGUCACUUGGAACUGAAGAACAACUCUGAGGCUAAAGAGUACGGUGAGAGGGCUCUGGCCUCUGCCAAGGCCUCCGGCGACGAAGUUUGGCAGAUAAACGCACUAGUACUCUCCGGAAAGGCCGAAGCCCAAAUGGAGGAGUACCAGGCUGCGGCGGAGUCUUACGAGAAAGCACUGGAACUUGCGAAAGAGCAGGGCGCUAAAAAUGCACAAAAAGCCAUCGAAAGCGCUUUGAAAGACGUGAACAACAAAAUAGUUCGCGGUGUGAAAACAGAAGAGGAUGCUGAAAAUGAGGAGGAGAAGGAGUCGCCCCCUCCUGAACAAGCGAAGAAGAAGGAGCCCGAGCCAGAUAAGCCCAAAAAAGGGGAAGGGGACUCGCCCAAGGAGACAGACCGAAGUGCUGCCGGCUCGACCGAUGCACAAGAGAAAAAAUAGACCAAAAGAAUGACAUUAAACUGACUUAAUAAUUUACAGAAAAUCUAAUGUGAUCAGUUUACUGUAAAAAUUGAAUUACUGCAAAA